GCCCUCAGCGGCCUCGCUUCCGCCGUGCCGCUCUGCCCCCAGAGCCAGCGCUGCGCCCCGGCCCGGCCCGGGAGAGUGGAACCAGCCCGGCCCCGGGGAGCUGUCCGCCUCGGGCAGGCUCAGGGGUGCCAACGGGAGCGAGAUGUGUUGACGUGCUUUGGUUUUCCUUAGGGAGAGCGAGGCCGCGGCAUCGCCAGAGGGCAGCAGGAGCCGCGCCGCGGGAAGGCAGCGAGUGCAGCUGCAGGGCUCGGAUUGCCCGGCCGGGCGCUGAGGUGAUGCUGUGAGCACAUGAAGAGUGUGCAGGGACUCUUGGCUGCCUCUGUGAUUUCCAUCCAGAAUUCCUGCUUCAUCUAUCCUGCCUGUCAAAAUUGCUUUUCCAGGCUGAUACUGGAUUCCAGGAGGUUCAUCUGUCUAAAAUGUGGCUGCACAGGUGAAGCUAAAGAUGCAAGCUACAGAUAUAGAUUGUCCCUAAAGAUUGCUGACACUAAUGAUUUGUUUGACAUCACUGUUUUUGGAAGUUGCUUAGAUCCAUUCUUUGGGGUCACCGCAGAGAAUCUGCAGAGGUAUAUGCAAGACUUCAAUCAGCUGUCAGGAGAAACAAACACAGAGUCAACUACAAGAGCAUUGGUUCAAGCAGUGGAAACCUGUUUCAUUGGAAAAAGGUUUAUAUUUGGAGUGAAGGUUUGUGCAAGGGAAGUUGGAGGCCAUUCUGCUGCCAGCAGCACCUUGCAGAAGUGUUCCAGAAUUAAUAGAAGUACAAAAAGCCUUGUGGCGUGCCAGAUCUUCCCGCCAAAUGCUGCUGUUACUGGCUUCACUGUUAUCAGCUGCUUAGAUCGUCUCCUGCAGUCGGCAAAAUUCAGGAGCUGUAAGGACAGCUCAUAUUUACCUGAUGCGUCAUCAGCUCCCGUAGAUGAACCUCUCAGUGAGCUCAGCAGCUUGUCUAGCCUGAGCAGGAGCUCCUGUUUUGUUCAGUCUAGUGGCAGGGAAAGUUUUUUAGGGUGCUGGCAGCAAUCCUUAGGUCUGACUUCAUCUGUUGCUUGGGUAACAGUGGAAGACUUUCCCACUCUGGAAGUGGGAAAGCUGGUGAGUGAACAGCAGGAACAAGAGGAGAAGCCUGUCUCUGUAGAAUUGGGCAGUGUAAGCCUCAACAAUCAAACUCUUUGGGACUCACAGUUUCUGAUCUCUUCUGUGAAGGAAGGGGAUAAAGAGCAGGAUAAUGAAUCGAGUUCACAGCUUAGUUGUACUGAUGGUAUCUCUGCAACUGAUAAAUUGGAGAGAGUUUCCUCUUCAAACACCAAAUGUUCACAUGGAAACAGUUCCAAGUUGUUACAACAUCCCUUGGAAUCUGAGGUAAAAAACAAUUACCCAAAAACUAAUAGUAGAGAUUAUUGUUACGCAGAAAAAUCCCACAAUGCCCUUGUUUGCAAGAGAGAUGCCUCAGCUCCCAAUCACGUAAAUGUAGCUGGAGUGUCUCAGAGGGACUCUGUGCUUUGGGAAGAACUCCCAUUCUCAGAAAGCCUAAAUGAAUUGUUAGCCAGAAUAGAGGAUGGCAGGAGUGUUGUAACGUCACCCACCCUUGAUGCAAGCAAACUUGUCCAUCUUGAAAGUAGCAAGUUAGGUGUAAAUCUUAAGGAAUCAUAUUCCAAGCAAGCUGUAGGUGAUUUGCCUGCAGCCAGUGUCUCAGGGAGGCUCUUGCCACCAGCAAGGAAUGACAGCUGGGAGACCACAGUUUUUGCUUGUCUUCAGUCAAAUGCAAACCCUCCAAGUGAUGUCUCACAAUAUGAAUCUUCCCCUAAUGAUUUAUCUUCAACCCUCACAGAAGGUGGAGCAUCCUCACCAGUUACACCAGAGCCUUCUGUUUCUCAGAGCAGAUAUGUGCAGUCCAAAGAAGCAAAUAAUGACCCUGCAGAUUCAUCUUGGUCUUUUAUUAGGCUGCAUGGAGAAACCUCCUGUUCAAAAAAGAGCAAGACAGCCCCCUGUGUGCAUUCUGCAUGUGAAAGCUGUUUAGCUUCUUGUGAAAAUAAAGAAAACUAUUCUACACCAAGCCAAAAAACAGAUCUUGCACUCACAGGGGCCCAGGUCGCUGAUCCACCAAUUCCCAACAAUGCAAGAAGUAUAUAUAAAAGAGAAUUAAAACCAUUGACAGAACUGCCAGAUAAUGCCUUCAAAAGUGUUAGUAGGAAAGAGCUGCAGUGGAACAACAUCCUCCCUGAAGGCAGAUACAAUGCUUCUGCUGAUCUCUUUGAUGCAAGUGUAAGAGAUGUGGCAAAACCUGUGGAAUUCUUAAAUAAAUCAUGUAAUUCUUUAAUACAGGAGGAUACUUUGACAGAGAAGGUCACAGCUGAAUCAGUGCUUUCUCCUGGAGGUGUUCCUUGUUACAGUUCAAAACUGAGCUCAUCCCUGCCCAGGUCCCCUCAUGCUUUUAGCAAGCACAGCACACCUGUAACUUACUCCUUUUGGGAUUCAGAAUGCAGCUCAGUUUGUGCUCAGGACUUCGUUCCUUAUUCACAGUCAACUCCUAUGACUAAACCUCUGCAAAAACUAUGGCCUGUUGGGGAAAGAAGCUCUUUUAUCACCCUCUUCACCCCUAAAAAUCCAACUAAAAUCCAUUCCAAAUGCAAGCGAUCCAGGUCUUCCUUUCAGAACACUCUGCUGCAGCAGCUUACCAGCAAGGUAGUGAAACGUGAGAGACCAAGGAACAGGAAAGACAAAGACAGUGGUAGCUCUGCUUCUCAGAAGUUCCUGAGCAGCCAACUGCCUGCCAGCUUGGAGGAGUGGAUCCCUGCAUCUUCAAACAAAGGGCUGAAACCAACUGCAUCUUUAAAUUUAAAAGCAGUUAGCUGUGCUGCUGACUUGCAAUCCACCUGUGGGCACACUGGCAGCAACCCUAUUUCUGAAAGCAGAAAGAACGGUGAAAAUGAUGAAUCUCUCAUCCAAAAUGAGAGAAUAAGCCCUGGGGAUAGAGCCAAGAUUCUAACAACUCCUUUAUCUGCAAGUGUCACCAAGACCUUGUUUUUAAAUGAUCCUGUCCUGAAAACUUGUUCCCCUUCAGAAGGUCUUCUGUAUCCCAAAUCCAAACCAGCUGCAUUUAGGAUCAUUGAACAGAGAAAUCUUGGAUUUGCUGCUUGUAAGCUUGUACAUCAAGUCCUGCAGAAGGAUGUGGGAAUCUGGUGGCACAGGAUCUGAGCAGCCUGAAAAUGCUGACAUUUUGUUGUGAGUGAGUGUUUUAAGGUCCUACUGUGGCCCAAGGGGAUGCACCACACUUGUAGAACCAGAAACAGACCUAAAAGUAACUUCUGCACCUUCUAAUCAAAUGCUUUUCCCUUGAGAAACGGGAGGGAGAAGGGUAUUUGGAAUCAAACAAGCUUCUCCUGUGGCUGAGCAGGAUAUAAAUGAGGUACAGCCUCUCCUGCCAAGGGUGCAGAUGUGCUGAGGCUGUGGGCUGACCCAAGAAAAAGUUACACGUGGUUAUGCAGCAGGUCUGCACAGGUAAAUUCCUUCUACAAAGAAGCUUUUUCAAGUCAGCAUUGGUUGGUUUGGUUAUUUUUUUCUCUCCUUAUUUACAGUUGAAAUCUAGGCACAGGUUCAAAGACUUGCCUGGUGUUGAAAGGACAUGGAGCACAGCUCUGGCGAUCACUGAAAGACCUUAUCUCUUCUUGCUGUCCCCAGCAAGAAUCUCAAGCAAACCGCAAAAGUUCCUCUGGUAUUUAAGGAUCCUGAAACAGCAGAUGGCAGUGGAAAGAGGCACAAGAUUUCUUCUGACAGGUCCAAGCCUAGAGCUCUGCAGUCCCUGAACCCUAGACAUAAACAGAAGAAAAAGGAACAUCUUGUUAUAGCAAAGAGAGAGACAGAAAAAGAGCAGAAUUAGACAUCACAAUUUUUAACAAUGUUUAAUUUAUAAGCUGAUGAUGUUUUUAAACUGACAGAGGGGAAAUUUAGGUUAGACACCUAGAAAAAAUUCUUCACCAUGAGGGUGGUGUGGCACUGGCACAGGUUGCCCAGAGAAGCUGUGGAUGCGCCAUCCCUGAAAUACUUCAAGGCCAGGUUGGAUGUGGCUCUGAGCAAGCUGGUGUAGUGGAAGGUGUCGCUGCCCAUGGCAGGGGGAUUGGAAGAAGAUCUUUGAAGUCCUUUCCAACCCAAAACCAUUCUGUGGUUUGGUGACCAAGGUAACCUGUGAGUGCAGUUGCUUGCUAAGUGUGGUGCCAGUGACAGCAGAGCAUGGCAGGGCUGUGCUGUAAAGGACACAGGGCUCCCUGUGAAGGCCUCCUGGCACAGCCAGAAGAAGUUUUUAAGACCUUCACAAGCUGCUGCUGAGUUGUCUAGCUGAGCUUUAGCCCAGCAAAUCAGGGCACCAAAACCACACCAGGGCUCCUUUAGUCAGGGUAGGGCAGGGCUCCAGGAUGAGGCCAAGUGAAAAGGCCUGGACUCAUACCUGCAUUUACCAAGUGCUAUGCCUAUUGAAAAGAUUUUAUGUAUUGCAAAUAAAAUCCUACUUGAUGAACCCUUGGGGCAAGUGGAAAAGAAGGAAGAAAUGUUGUCUGCCUGGAAAUUAUAAAUCUGCAUGGAUAGCUUAUGUAGAAGAAAUGAAGUGAAAGACAGCAUUACUCAUACCCAAAUCACUGAGCAUGGGGAAGGCAAUACAGAAAAAGGUUUUAAGGCAUCAUAAGACUUGAAACCAGUUUUUUCUACUACAGCACAUAAUAGGGUACUGCAGUUAUCACUGGCUCUUUAAGCACUCCCUUGUGAUGAACUGGACAGAUACCCCUUCUAUCACCAGGAGUUAGAGCUGAUCCAAGUGAGACACCAGAGACUUGAUGCAGCUGGCUGUGAAACACUGCUAGAGCUUCUACAUCAUAUACCUGACAGCAUCUUGACAUGAAAUGCUUGGUCCAGCAUGAGUGAUU